GCGCGCCUCGAGGCGCUCGACAAGGCUCUCCGCGCCGCAGGCGAUUGGCCAGGGCGCCGCCGCGUCGCUGAGCUGCGGCACCCAUCCACAGAUCACUUUGAUUCGCUGCGUCCACGCCGCGCGCGGACCAGUCCUCAGCGCCGCCGAGUACGUCGACUCUCUGGCCCUUCGCCUCGGGACGCCCCUGGUCCCCGAGAACGCGGAGUGCUCCUUGCGCGGCGAGGUCAUGGGCCGGCGCGGCGUGCACCCGCAGACUUGCGCCCAGGGCGCAGCCACGCGAGGCCACUACCGCGCGCGCCACCGCGUGCGCUUGCUAGCUGCUCUGGGCGACCCGGAGGCAACCCCAGAGCUUCUCGGCCCCAUACCUUCUCGUCCUUUGCUGCGCCCAGCUGGCAUUUUCACGUCGGCUGCCCAUGGCAGCCUCGCGGCACUGGGCGUCGGGGUGCGCUCGCUGGAAGCCGCGGGCGCUGGGCUGGACUGCCGCGCUGCAAUGGUCCACCGCAAGCAGCAUGCGUGCGCGCCGUUCUUCGGCGAGCUGCGGCAGCGCUGCGCGAGGCAUCAGCCGAUGGUCUGGAGCAGCUACGGGAGGGCCCACGUGGAGGCCGAGGACGCGCUGCAGGGACUGGCCCGCGCGGCGGCGCGGCGGCGCGGCAUCCCGGCGCCGGAAGGCGCAGGGGCCUCUGACGCUUCGCCCGCGCCGCGGACGCGCGUGGCCGAGGACGAGGAGGAGGCCGCGCUCGCGGGCGCGCUUGGCGACGCGGCGGCGGCGCCCCCGGCGGACGGGGCCCUGGCCGCCGAGGCCGCCGCGGCGGGGCCGGACGGGCUGGUCGGGCUCGCCGGCGCGGCGGGCGAGGCCGGCGGAGCGGCUAGCGCGGCGACCGGGGCGGGCGACGCCGACCUGCUGACCGCGCUCGCGGAGCUGGGCGGAGCGGCCGACGGCGCUGGGGGCGUCGCAGCGCUGCCCGCCGCGGCCCGCCCUGCCGACGGCGCAGCACUGGGUGGCGCGGCCGACCCGGGCGGCGCAGGCGGGGCGGCCGUGGCCCCUGGGGCCGCGGCCGCGGAGGCGGUGCUCGUGGCGGAGCCGGCCGCUGGUGCUGGCGCAGCCAGCCCUGACGACGCCCGCCCCGAGGUGGCG